GGAAGACUCCAGGCAGGGCAGAUGCUGGCACUCGCCGCCCGGCUGCAGCCGCCGUGGGGUGAUCCCAGGGCUCACCUGAACUUCAGGGUGUCGCCGCUGGAGAGGGGCUCGGCGCCCGGCGGGGACUGCAGGCGAUGACUCAGGAUGCAGCCAGGGGCCACGACGUGCACGGAAGACCGCAUCCAGCAUGCCCUGGAGCGCUGCUUGCACGGGCUGAGCCUCGGCCGUCGCUCUGCUUCCUGGUCAGCUGGGCUGUGUCUGAACUGCUGGAGCCUGCAGGAGCUGGUCAGCAGGGACCCGGGCCACUUCCUCAUCCUCCUGGAGCAGAUCCUACAGAAGACCCGAGAGGUCCAAGAGAAAGGAACCUAUGACCUCCUCACCCCACUGGCUCUGCUGUUCUAUUCCACUGUCCUGUGUACACCACACUUCCCACCAGACUCAGAUCUCCUUCUGAAGGCAUCCAGAACCUACCACCCAUUCCUGACCUGGCCUGUUCCUUACUGCAGCAUCUGCCAGGAACUGCUCACAUUCAUCGAUGCUGAACUCAAGGCACCAGGGAUCUCCUACCAGCGGCUGGUGAGGGCAGAGCAGGGUCUACCCAUCAGGAGCCACCGCAGUUCUACCAUCACUGUGCUGUUGCUGAACCCGGUAGAGGUACAAGCCGAGUUCCUUGCUGUGGCCAACAAGCUGAGCACGCCCGGCCACUCGCCCCACAGCGCGUACAUCACCUUGCUCCUGCAUGCCUUCCAGGCCACUUUUGGGACCCACUGUGACCUUCUCAGCCUGCACCACAGGCUGCAGUCGAAGACCUUGGAAGAGCUUGAGGAUAUCUUCACGGAGAUCACGGAGGCCCAAGAGUGGGCAUCUGGCCUCAGGGAUGCAGCAGAGGCCCGGCAGUGGCUCCGAAGCAAGCUGCAGGCAGUUGGAGAAAAAGCCGGCUUCCCUGGGGUCUUAGACACUGCAAAACCUGGGAAGCUCCACACGAUCCCCAUCCCAGUGGCCAGAUGCUACACCUACAACUGGAGCCAGGACAGCUUCGACAUCCUACAGGAGAUCCUACUCAAAGAACAGGAGCUGCUGCAGCCAGAGGAUCUGGGGGAUGAUGACGAGGAAGAGGAAGAGGAGGAGGAGGACUUGGAGAUCACUAGGAGUUUUGCUGAGAGGGACUCUGUGGUCUCCACCAGCUCUCUGGCAUCCCACGACUCCACCCUGUCGCUGGCCUCCUCCCAGGCCUCAGGGCCAGUGCUGUCCCGCCAGGCGCUGACCACUUUCGUCUCCGGCCUCUCAGAUGGCAUGGACAGUGGCUACGUGGAGGACAAUGAGGAAAGCUCCUCCGAGAGCCCCAGGCGGCCUGGAGGCCAGGAACGCCGGGGCCACCACCGCAAGCCCAAGCAGAAGCUCAACAGAAUCUAUAAACUCUUAAAGAACACCAGCCAUCUGGUCCUGCGGAGGGAAUCUCGGGGCCUGGAGGGCAGCCCGGAAUCAACUGUGCCCCUGCGGAGGGCAGGGAGCCUCUGCAGCCCCCUAGACUGUCCCCUUCAGCCCGCGUCCCGGGCGCAGCGCUCACGCUCUCUGCCCCAGCCCAAGCUCAGCACCCAGCUGCCCACAUGGCUUCUGGCCCCCGCCUCCCACCACCAGCGCCGCCGCCCCUUCCUGAGCGGGGACGAGGACCCCAAGGCUUCCACUCUACGCGUUGUAGUCUUUGGCUCUGAUCGGAUUUCAGGGAAAGUGGCUCGGGCAUACAGCAACCUCCGGAGGCUGGAGAACAGUCAUCCACUCCUCACACGGUUCUUCAAGCUUCAGUUCUUCUAUGUGCCUGUGAAGCGAAGCCAUGGGACCAGCUCUAGUGCCUGUCUUUCCCCUCUGAGCCAGACAUCUCCACUCCCCGCAGACUCCCCAAGGCACCCUAGCCCGGUAGAGUUGGGCACAGCCCUGUGGGAGGAUAGCACCAAUGACAUCUCCCACUACCUCGGUAUGCUUGACCCCUGGUAUGAACGCAAUGUGCUGGGCCUCAUGCACCUGCCCCCUGAAGUCUUGUGCCAGCAGUCCCUGAAAGCUGAGUCUCGGCCCCUGGAGAGCUCCACGGCCCAGCUGCCCAUCCUGGCCGACAUGCUGCUCUACUACUGCCGCUUCGCAGCCCGGCCCGUGCUGCUGCAAGUCUACCAGACGGAGCUGACCUUCAGCACCGGGGAGAAGACAACGGAGAUCUUCAUCCACUCACUGGAGCUGGGUCACUCUGCUGCCACACGGGCGAUCAAGGCCUCGGGUCCUGGCAGAAAGCGGCUGGGCAUUGAUGAUGACCGGGAGGCCGUCCCUCUGACACUACAGAUCAUUUACAACAAAGGGGCCAUCAGUGGACGAAGCCGCUGGAGCAACCUUGACAAGACCUGUACCUCCGUCAACCUCAACAAGGCAUGCCAGAAGCCCGAGGAGCUAGACUCCAGCAUGGAGGCCCUGACACUAACCUUGACAGAAGUAGUGAAAAGGCAGAACCCCAAGUCCAAGAAAGGCUUUAACCAGAUUAGCACGUCUCAGAUCAAAGUGAACAAGGUGCAGAUCAUUGGCUCCGGUGGCUGCUCCUUUGGCGUGUGUCUGGACCAGGAUGAGAGAAAGAUCCUACAGAGCGUGGUCAGGUGUGAAGUCUCACCCUGCUACAAGCCAGAGAAGAGCAGCCUGUCACCCCAGAAGCCCCUCAACCCGCCGGCACAUAGCGGGCCUGACCUGUGCUCCCUUCUCUGCCUUCCUAUCAUGACUUUCAGCGGAGCUCUGCCCUAGCACAUCCAGGUACCAGGCUGCACAGGAAACCCCAGCAGCUUCCUCUGGACCGCUCUGCAGAGUAAUGACCCUGCAGAGAACUGAAUGGCACUGGACUGGCUGAGGGUCCCUUGCGGGCCCUGCCAUGAGCUAAGGACCUGCUGGCCAGUGGUUUCUGGAGCCUCGGGGAUCUGGCAAGGAAACAGGUGUUAGGAAGAGAGAGGCCUGGACACCUAGCCCUUCAAAUGCUUCCAGCAGAGGGAAAAUGUUAGGUCAGUUGAUCGCUGAAUGCAGAUCCAAGGCUUUGGUGCUUGGUUGUAGUUUGGACCUCCUCUCUCAGCUCUGGGUUGGGCCCCAUUUACCUUGUCAAAGACUCAGAUCCUCUAGUGGUCAGUCUCUCUAUUCUGGGGAAUGAGUAGAAGAUACGUGGCUGAGAAGUUUCUUUCUAAUAUCAUCUCCUGACCUCCCCUCACCCCCCCCCCCACACAAGCACAUUCACACGGUCUAUCUCAAGUUCCCUGGGUUCUCAACAAAAACAAAACAACAGCACUAACACUUGACCUGUUGCCAAGACCUGGUACAGAUUCUCCCCUAAGCCCCUUUGGGGGAUCUGACAGGACAGGCUCACAUCUAUUUGAGGCUCAGGUCCCUUCUAGCUGAAUGACCAGAGGAAGUUAGUGAACUUCUUUGAGUCUCCAUUUCCUCAGCACUAAACUGGGAGGGAAAUAAGUUUUCAAAGGGUUGAAAAGGAAGUGUUCACAAGAUACUUUGCCCGGUGCCUGGCUCCCAGCAGGUGCCUGGGAUAGACUGGGGCCUUGCUUUCCGAUACUGAUCUGCCAGGUACUCCCAUUGCCUCGGACCCCCCCGCCCCCAUUUGCCCCUUUCCUUGUCCAUGAAUGAUGGAGAACCCAUGGUGAGGAUAAGAAACAGUCAGGGUGGGGCUGAUGAGAUGCCCACUCCGCAUCCCAAUAUCCUCACUUUCUGCCACUCAGUGGACUGGUCCACACAUAUACAGAACCUUCCAUCUCCACAAGAUCCCACACAGGUACUAGCCCCAUGAGCUAAGGGCCUGUUUGUGGGGACAUGGCACUCACAUGGGAAGUGAUCAGCAAACAAGAGAAUACAAGAACCUAAAAUUUAAAUUCACCAGACUGAAGAGGUUUGAGGAGCACACACAAAUGUGAUUCGAAUGGUAGGGCUGGACAAAGACUUGGCCUGGCACAGGUGAGGAAGGGACCUUGGGAGCAUCUAGUGUCCCACAUAUAACCACCUCUUUUGUGUCAUCCUAAAUUACAUUAUUGCAAAGGCUCUGGGCUUAUAGGAGCCUAUGAAAUCCCAGCCCGGAGAACUCAUAAGUGGAAUGUAGACAGAGCCACUACAUUGUUAUUCCCUCACCCUGGCAUCUGUAUCUCCUCCACAUUCUGGAAGAUGACCAGCCUCCGUGGCAGAUAUACAGUGUGGCACACUUCAGCGUACUUCAGCUUGCUGUGUGAGCAAGCUGUUCUACUAUGUGAUGAACAUGGCAUGAACCAAUGUGUGAAAUUUAAUAUUCUUCUAAAAUAAAAUGUAUUUGUCCUGAA